CGAGGGACACUGGGACACACACUCGGACAGAAAGAGGAGUUGUUCUCCGUCGCCGCCAACAACAUCCCAUCGCCGGAUCCAACUCUACCUUAGCUUUAACUUAGUCCCUGCUCUAGUGUCAAGUGCAGGGGGGCAAAUCUCCCCUCAUCCUCCAUCCGGCUGUUAAUUUUUCUUCCAUCAUGCAGCUGGGUUUGCAAUAAAUCCUCUUGACUUCUCUUCGACGCUUGCGUUGAUUCUUUAAUCUGCUGGUCUCAGCUUCUGCACAUUUUCCGCGGCAGCUCGCAGACCUUUAUCAGUGUACCCAACAUGGCGGAUACUAUGCGUGAUGAGGAGAAAGGCAUCCGCGCCCCUCCGGCCGUGGAGUCACUCUCAUCUCCCUCAGAAACCGGCAAGGAAAUGUCUGCCUUUCCAUCCUCGGGGAGUGCCUGGACGAGGUUCAACGAACGCAUCCAGUCCAUCAAGUUCCUUGAAAGUCGAGGUAUUGAGCGUGUACCGGAGUCAGAGCGUCAUGCCGCCUCCGCUUCCCAUUAUAUGCAGAUGACUUUGCUCUGGUUUAGUACCAACAUCACCGCCAACAACAUUGCCGUUGGUAUGUACGGUCCACUGGACUACUCUCUGGGAUUUGUCGAUGCCUCCCUCUGUGCCGUAUUCGGUGCUCUGCUCGGUGCGGCCGGUGUGGCGUAUAUGGGUACCUUUGGGCCACAGAGUGGUAACCGAACCAUGGUCGUUGCGAGAUACUUCAUGGGUUACUACCCGAGUAAGAUUGCCUGUCUCCUCAACAUCAUCAUCAUGCUGGGUUAUGGAAUGAUUGACUGCCUCGUGGGUGGCCAGGUGCUGUCGGCGGUGGCGGAUGGCGGCAUGACGGUCGUGGUCGGAAUCAUCAUCAUCGCCGUCAUCACCUGGAUCGUCGUCGUCUUUGGCAUGGCGCCUUUCCACGUCUACGAGAGAUGGGCCUGGGUUCCCCAGCUCAUCGCCAUCUUCGUCUUGGUCGGCAGUGCUGGCCCCAAGUUCGACACCAACAUCUCUUCCACUGGUGACACCCAGACCAUCAACGCCAAUCGGCUCACCUUUUUCUCGCUCUGCCUGUCCAGUUCCGUGGCCUGGGCCCCGGCUGGUGCCGACUUCUUCGUCUACUUCCCUCCUACUACCUCCAAGUGGAAGACCUUCAUCAUGACCUUCCUGGGAGUUGGUCUCGCUCUCUCCUUCGCCAACGUCAUGGGUAUCGGUCUCGCCAGUGGUACCCUUACCAACCAAUCCUGGGCAGAUGCCUACGACACCUCCUCUGGAGCUCUGAUCCUGGCCGGCUACGAGGGGCUGGGCGGAUUCGGCAAGUUCAUGGGUGUCAUUGUCGCCCUGGGACUGAUCGCCAACAACAUUCCCGGAACCUACUCUGCCACCCUGGGUUUCCAGAUCAUGGGCCGUCAGCUCGCCCGUCUUCCCAGAUGGCUCCUCUCCUGCAUUGGCGUGAUCAUAUACACUGCUUGCGCUUUAGGUGGCCGGAACCACCUCUACGACAUCUUCGAAAACUUCCUCGCCCUGAUGGGAUACUGGGUGACCAUCUACCUGACCAUCGCUCUAGAGGAGCAAUUCCUCUUCCGUCGCACCCGUGGCUUUGACUGGGAUGCCUGGGCCGACCGGUCCAAGUUGCCGAUCGGAAUUGCCGCUCUGGCCGCGUUCCUGAUCGGAUGGGCUGGUGCGAUUGUCUGCAUGGACCAAAUCUGGUAUGUUGGUCCGAUUGCCAAGAUGGUUGGAUCGGAUGGCGCCGAUCUGGGUAUUUGGGUGGGUGUGUCGUGGACGAUGCUUGUUUACCCACCUAUGCGGUGGUUGGAGUUGAAGAAGAUCGGCCGAUAAAUUCUCUUGAUGUGUCCAGAGUAAUAGAGAUGGGGUUGCUUCUCCGGUUCGAGACCGGAGGACGACGAAAAGAUGUAUAUGCUUAAGCGAUGUUUAUAACGGUGCAUGCCGAUUUAGAUAAUGUGUUAUGCUAUGAGCAAUAUUAAUGUUCAGUUCAAUA